GAUUACGUAAGGCACGUCCAUUAAAUUGGAUAUAACGCGCAUUAAACGUAGAACCGCGGCGACUAUCAAAUCGGCAUGGAGCUACUACGGAUUCUUUUCGCGAUCCUAACUUACGAUCAAGUUGUUAAUGGUUACCGGAUCCUCGGAGUGUUCCCGUUACAAGGCAAGAGUCACUGGGUCAUGCAGGAGGAAUUAAUGAAGGGCUUGGCAAAACGCGGUCAUCAGGUGGACGUGGUCACGCAUUUCCCGCUGAAGAAGCCGAUACCUAAUUACACGGAUAUCAGCCUGGAAGGCAGUCUCCCGCAUGUUGUGAACAAUGUCACCGCGUCGGAUAUCAAAGGAUUCGGUUCCUUAUCCGUGGCCACAUUAACUUAUAUAGCCGGAACGGAGAAUUGUAAGCUGCUGGAUCACCCGAAGAUGCGAGAACUGAUCGAGAAUCCGCCGCAAGAUCCUCCUUACGACAUCGUUAUUGUAGAGCUGUUCGUUGCGCCGUGCUACCUGGCCUUCGGUCGUCAUCUCAAAGUCCCCAUAAUCGGCACGGUGGCCAGCGUUUUUCACGACUGGCUAAAUGAGGUGUCCGGCAAUCCGAUGAACCCCGCUUACGUCCCGAGCUUGUUCUCGACGUACACUCAACAGAUGAAUUUCAAGGAACGACUCGUGAACGUUCUGUUAUCAAACUACCUCUCCACGCAAAUACAUUAUUACACGAAUUCGCAAUUGGAAUUCGUAAAGAAGUACUUUGGUAUAGAUGUGCCGCACAUCAAGGACUUGUAUUACGACUUAUCUUUGUAUCUGGUCAAUUCCCAUCACUCGUUACAUGGAAUUAGGCCAAUGACCACUAAUGUGAUCGAGGUCGGCGGUUUGCAUCUCAAGGACGACGACCCGCCAUCGUCGGAAGUGCAAAAAUGGUUGGAUGAAAGCAAGGAUGGCUGCAUUUACUUUACAUUCGGUUCCAUGGUGAGGAUCGAAACAUUCUCUAAAGAAUUGAUCGGACAGUUCUACGCGUCGUUCGAGAAGAUCGCCCCAGUUCGCGUGCUGAUGAAAGUCGCGAAGAAAGAAGAUCUGUUGCCAGGAUUACCCAAGAAUGUCAUGACGCAAUCUUGGUUCCCGCAAAUCUCCAUUCUAAAACACAAAAAUAUACGCGCCUUCAUUACGCACGGCGGCGGCAUGGGAACGCAAGAAGCGAUCUAUUGCGGAGUUCCUAUGAUAGGUAUCCCUCUGUUCGGCGAUCAGCGCAUCAAUAUUCAAAAUUACGUCAACAAGAAGGUGGCUAUCUCGCUCGGGUCAAUAAACGACGUUACCGAGGAGAAAUUAACUUUGGCAUUAAAUAGCAUCUUGAAGGAUCCUUUGUAUCGCGAGAAUGCACAGAAACUGUCAAAGGUGUUCCUCGAUCGACCGAUGAGUGCUUUGAACACGUCCAUAUUUUGGGUGGAGUACGUCGCGAAGUACGGAAACGUGCUUCAAUCACCGGCCAUUAAUCUCUAUUGGUGGCAACGGAAUCUACUGGAUGUUUACGUCUUUAUACUUGCCGUGAUUAUCACAGCACUUUGUAUCGUGCUGUUUAUUCUACGGAAAUUGAAAAAUCUCUUGUUUGGGUCACCUGUUUGUGCAAAGAAGAACAGCGCAGUGAUUAAAUCGAAGAAGAACAAGUGAAGAAACUUGCGACACAAACUGUAUAAGUAUGUAAUUUCAUUUCAUUUUUUAUCUUCCUCUGGAUUCGCGAAAACGAUAUAUUCGGAAGACAAUGCUGUUCUAAGAGCAGCAUCUCUCGUUUAUUACUAUAUCGCGAGCGUAUUUUAAUAAAAUAUAUCUUUAUAAUUAAUUACAC